CUAGGUCUUGACUCUGCUAACCGGGAUCCCCCUGUGGUUUCGAGCUUGGACCUCAGCAGCACGAGGAAAUGUAGCUCAGCGGCUUGUAACGGAAAGCGUAUGGACAGGUCCACGGUGCGGCAUUUAGGUGCUAAGAGAUGGCGGCGCGUGUGGGGCUCCUCUCUGCCUGAGCAUCGCGCCCUCCAGGCACUGGCAGAGCCGGUUCAGAUCCUGAGCUCGUCGCCCGAACAAGCCUUCUCUUCCAGCCCCUCCAGUCCAGCGGCUGGACUGCUCGUUUUCUCUUCAUGAUGGGUAUCGGUAAGAACACCACGUCCAAGUCCAUGGAGGCUGGAAGUUCCACUGAAGGCAAAUACGAAGAUGAAGCGAAGCACCCAGCUUUCUUUACUCUUCCGGUGGUGAUAAAUGGAGGCGCCACGUCCAGCGGUGAACAGGACAACGAAGACACGGAGCUCAUGGCAAUCUACACGACGGAAAACGGCAUCGCAGAAAAGAGCUCUCUCGCCGAAACCUUGGAUAGCACUGGCAGUCUAGACCCCCAGAGAUCGGACAUGAUUUAUACCAUAGAAGAUGUCCCCCCCUGGUACCUGUGCAUAUUUCUGGGGUUACAGCACUACCUGACGUGUUUCAGUGGCACCAUCGCCGUGCCCUUUCUGCUGGCCGACGCUAUGUGCGUGGGGUAUGACCAGUGGGCCACCAGCCAGCUCAUCGGGACCAUUUUCUUCUGCGUGGGAAUCACAACCUUGCUGCAGACAACGUUUGGAUGCAGGUUACCCCUGUUUCAGGCCAGUGCUUUUGCAUUUCUGGCCCCUGCUCGAGCCAUCCUGUCUUUAGAUAAAUGGAAAUGUAACACCACAGAUGUUUCAGUGUCCAAUGGAACCACAGAGCUGCUACACACAGAGCACAUCUGGUACCCCCGGAUACGCGAGAUCCAGGGCGCCAUCAUCAUGUCCUCCCUCAUAGAAGUGGUCAUCGGCCUCCUCGGCCUGCCGGGGGCUCUGCUGAAAUACAUCGGGCCCCUGACCAUUACGCCCACGGUGGCCCUCAUCGGGUUGUCCGGCUUCCAGGCGGCAGGAGAGAGAGCGGGGAAGCACUGGGGCAUCGCCAUGCUGACAAUUUUCCUAGUAUUAUUGUUUUCUCAGUAUGCCAGAAAUGUUAAAUUUCCUCUCCCAAUUUACAAAUCCAAGAAAGGAUGGACUGCAUACAAGUUACAGCUUUUCAAAAUGUUCCCUAUCAUCCUGGCCAUCCUUGUGUCCUGGCUGCUCUGCUUCAUCUUCACAGUGACCGACGUCUUCCCUCCCGACAGCACCAAGUACGGCUUCUACGCUCGGACGGACGCCAGGCAGGGUGUGCUUCUGGUAGCCCCGUGGUUUAAGGUCCCAUACCCGUUUCAGUGGGGGCUGCCCACCGUCUCUGCGGCCGGUGUCAUCGGCAUGCUCAGCGCAGUCGUCGCCAGCAUUAUUGAAUCCAUUGGGGACUAUUAUGCCUGUGCAAGGCUAUCCUGUGCCCCGCCGCCUCCCAUCCAUGCCAUAAACAGGGGGAUUUUCGUGGAAGGUCUCUCCUGUGUUCUUGAUGGCAUAUUUGGUACUGGGAAUGGCUCGACUUCAUCCAGUCCCAACAUUGGAGUUUUGGGAAUUACUAAGGUCGGCAGUCGCCGGGUGAUCCAGUACGGCGCAGCCCUGAUGCUGGCGCUGGGCAUGAUCGGCAAGUUCAGCGCCCUCUUUGCCUCCCUCCCGGAUCCGGUGCUUGGCGCCCUCUUCUGUACUCUCUUUGGAAUGAUCACAGCUGUUGGGCUCUCCAACCUACAGUUCAUCGACUUAAAUUCUUCCCGGAACCUCUUUGUACUUGGAUUUUCAAUCUUCUUUGGGCUUGUCCUUCCAAGUUACCUCAGACAGAACCCUCUCGUCACAGGGAUAACGGGAAUCGAUCAGGUGUUGAACGUUCUUCUCACAACUGCUAUGUUUGUAGGAGGCUGCGUGGCUUUCAUUUUGGAUAACACCAUCCCAGGUACUCCAGAGGAAAGAGGAAUCCGGAAAUGGAAGAAGGGUGUGGGCAAAGGGAGCAAGUCACUCGAUGGCAUGGAAUCCUACGAUUUGCCAUUUGGCAUGAACGUUAUAAAAAAAUAUAGAUGCUUUAGCUACUUACCCAUCAGCCCAACCUUUGCAGGCUACACAUGGAAAGGCCUCGGGAAGAGCGCCACCAGCCGGAGUUCAGACGAGGACUCACAGGCCACGGUAUAGCUGUAGGUCACCCUGUGGCCUGGCCGCAGUGAGGCAUGAAUCUGUAGUUCCUUGCUGAGUAACAAGCAGUAACAUAUAUGUUUGUAUAUCUGCAUUUACAUUCUGCACCCAGAGCUAAGACAAUUACAGAUAGCUUUUUUGUUGUGGGUGGUGAUCGUGUCUAAUAUCGUGUCUCACCUGUCUCUUUAUUUAAGCCCUACCCCUUGCCCUUGAGAGCAUCCGCUGAACUUGAAGUUCCUAACCUCCUGUGGGAGUGCGUGUUUGAAAUCCACAGCGGUUCCUUGGUUUUGGUCUCCUUCCACCACCCUGGGCUAGCUUUCCUACGAGCUGCCGCCGCGGUCCAGGGGCUUUCUGUCCUAGAAGCACCUGGACCUGCUUCUAUUUUAUUUGACCUCGGCCUGCAACCUGCAGAGAUCCCCUCUGGUCAAGGGGCACCAGUAUCCUCACACUGUCACAACUGACUGGUCAAAUGUGAUUCUGUGUUCCCUGAUGCUCCUGUGGGGGGAAGCUGUUGACCUGAUUGAAAACUAUGACAUGGUUACCCCAUGCCCACAUCUGUGCGUGGGUAAGGUCUAUAUAGGUAUUAUUAGAAUUGAAAUCUGUUUGGGGGAUUAAAGGGGAAGAGAAAGUACCUUGAAGUCAUAUCUGAUUCUCAACUGCUUUUUCUUGGUGCCACCCUGGCCCAGGGUGGGCCACCACAUUUCCUCCUGGCUUCUUUUUCACUCUGAGACACUCUGACAUUUAUCACUCCGGGCUGGUGCGAUGGGUAUAGAGUGCCACACAAGGGCACUAAGCAGAUGCUUAUGGGAGUCUUGACUCUGCUGCCAUGUGGAUGUCAGUUACUGUUGCGCGUGUCUAUAAAUUACAAGAUUUUAUUCCUAUUUAAUGUUAUUGACUAUAGCAGGUUUUUGAAAUCAGUGUUUUCCAUGUGACCCUCUUACCUUGCAUCCCUGUUACUUGUCCCCCACCCUCACCUCCCAUUAAGAAAGAACCAGCAUUUGUAAAGCUGUGGACACCAUCAGGGAAGCUUGUCGUCAUGGCUUUUGAAGGCCAGUAACCAUUAUUGUGGUUGUGUUUUGUAUUGCUUGCUACCAUGAAAGUGUAAAUACUGUAAUGCCUAAUCUAUUUAUCAAAACUGACUACUGGACCAGAGCCCAGAAACCAUGGGUUAAGUUAUAUGUGAAUUUGUUUUGUGCAGAAGGGAAGCUGGGGGCAGGUAAUCCACAGAGCCACCAUAUUGAAUGGUGGGCAUCCUGGUCAAUUCAUCACUGCAGUUCUGUUGCUAGUCUUUUCUGGCACUUAAGACUUAAGGAGACUGUGUGUGGGUUGGCAUGUUGUGUGUCCACUGGAUCUUGAUUUUGCAGAGGGGAAGAUUAGACCCCCUGGCCAAAUGCACCGUUCCCAUUUAAGUCAUUGCAGAAGGUGGUGAGAAAAGCAGUUGGCAGGGCCUCUUCUGUUGAGUUCUCAUUAAUGACACUAAAUCCUUUCUGAAAAAGUGACUUCUGUGGAAUUUGGUUUGAAAUUUGUCAGCCAAAGGAAAACCCUGAAACACCAAGUAGCGACCUCGCCACGUGAGGUGGUGCUUCCUAGGUGGUUCAUUGACCCGGCUGAGCCUUGGACGGCCGUGGGCGUUCCUGUCUCUGACAGCAGGGCAUGGUUCUCAGCAGCCUUGUGUCCACAGCGUGCGUUUCCCGCCCCCAUCGCCGGCUCCACUCCCCGGCGCUGGGAUGUCCAUGGCAGCGUUAGUGUUACUCCAGCCUCCCUGACGCCUGGGAAGUUUGGGGCUUCGAGGUGUAUCCUGGCAAGAACAGUUCAGGCCACUGCAUUGUUUUGCCAAGAUCUGGUUGCAGAUUAAGUAAAAAAAAAAAAAAAA